UCAUCGACGGUCGGCCUAUAUCUUCCGGACAAAUUACCCACCUCUGCUAUCUGCCGCUAUCCAUUGACUCCCACCAUGAAACUACCCCCUUCUUCGUUACCAAACUCGGCUCGUACCCACUCGUCCUCGGAAUCCCCUGGCUUCAAUUGCACGACGCAACAUUACGGUUUAAGGACAAUAGCAUACUGUUCGACUCUGAAUACUGCAAACGCAAGUGCAACUCUUCCCCGAUACCCGUUCCCAUUAGAGGAGUUGCCCCACCGCCCCGUUUCCACCUCAUCAGUUCAGCUGCUCUUUGUCGCUUUGCUCGAAGAGACAAACUCCAAAUCUUUAGUACAACUAUUGAGGAAAUAGCUCAAGCAACGGGCGAGGCCCCUAAGCAAGACUGGAGGAACCGGGUCCCAACCCGGUAUAAGAGAUUUUAUAAAAUGAUGGACGAAGAAUUCGCUAACGAGAUGCCGCCUCGCCGCCCCUAUGAUUACAAGAUACCGCUCAAGGAAGGGAAAGAGCCCCCUUUUGGGCCACUUUAUGGUAUGUCCCGCGAGGAACUCAUUGUGCUGAAACAAUACAUACAGGACAAUCUUCAAAAGGGGUUCAUUCAGGCCAGCUCUUCGCCUGCCGGUGCCCCUGUCCUAUUUGUUAAAAAGGCCGAUGGAACACUCCGCCUUUGUGUCGACUAUCGUGGCCUUAACGAACUUACUGUCAAAAACCGCUACCCGCUGCCACUCAUCCGGGAAACUCUCGACCGCCUUUCCAAAGCCAAGUGGUACACCAAACUUGACCUUCGCUAA